UGAUGGGCAUGUGGCCAGCACAGAGUAACAGGCAUUCCCUGUUACAUGACCGACGCUGCCCUACUGUCUUUAUGAACCACGAAGAAAACGACGCCGUUCGAUUGUUUCCUCAGCCGUGUCUGUUUAUGUUUCCUUUUCCUUCUGGUUCAUGAAAAUAAACAGAUCCAUCAAAUCUUCUUUACUUGGUUUGCAUUUGAUUCCAUUGUUUUCUGGGUGUCCUUGUUUUUCACUGUUUUUUCAGUCAUCAUAAACAAAUAACCCACCUUUAUCCCUACACCCAAUAGAAAUGGUGAAAGAGACCGGGUAUUACGAUAGCUUGGGUGUCAAUGUUGAUGCCUCUCCAGCUGAUAUCAAGAAGGCUUAUUACCUCAAGGCAAGGAUAGUCCAUCCAGAUAAAAAUCCUGGAGACCCAAAAGCUGCUGAGAAUUUUCAGGCACUUGGAGAGGCUUACCAGAUUUUGAGUGAUCCUGAGAAGCGUGAAGCAUACAACAAAUAUGGAAAGGCGGGGGUUCCACAUGACUCCAUGGUGGACCCUGCUGCUGUGUUUGGCAUGCUAUUUGGGAGUGAGUUUUUUGAAGAUUAUGUUGGGCAAUUGGCUCUAGCCACUUUGUCAUCUAUUGAAAUGGAAGAGGAUUCACAAGAUAUUGAAGUCCGCAAGCACAAAGUUCAGGAUAAAAUGAAGGCAUUGCAGAAAGAGAGGGAAGACAAGCUUACAACAAAUCUGAAAAAUAAUCUUGAACCAUUUGUUGAAGGUCGUACGGACGAGUUCAUAAAAUGGGCAAAUUCAGAAGCAAGGCGCCUUUCAUCAGCUGCUUUUGGUGAGGCGAUGUUACAUACCAUUGGUUACAUAUACACAAGGAAAGCAGCCAGAGAACUUGGAAAGGACAAACGCUACAUGAAGGUACCAUUUUUUGCAGAAUGGGUACGUGAUAAAGGACACCAAAUAAAAUCACAAGUAAUGGCAGCUUCAGGUGCUGUUUCUUUGAUCCAAAUACAGGAAGAGCUGAAGAAGUUAAACCAAAUAGAUAACAAAGAGGAGAGCUUACUAAAAGUCAUUGAAGAUAAGAAGGAUACCAUGAUUCAAUCCCUUUGGCAGAUUAAUGUAGUGGAUAUUGAGACAACUUUGUCACGAGUAUGCCAAGCAGUGCUUAAAGACCCAAGUGUGUCCAAAGAUGUCCUCAAAUUACGGGCCAAGGGAUUGAAAAAACUCGGGACAAUCUUCCAAGGUGCUAAAGUUGCUUACAGCAGAGAAAACAGCUUGCGCCACGAAAAUGACCCGAGCGGUGGAGGCUCAUCAUCGUAGUUACCUUGACAUGGGGACUUCUGCUUCAUCUGAAAAUGGUUGCUUCUGUUUCCACUGCUUCCUCCCAGUUAAUUGACGGUUAAACAUUAUUCUCCUGCAGUUGUAUUUUAUACACGCCUAGGUUAUAGUGUGCAUGAUGACCAGUACCUACUAAUCUUAUGUUUAUCCAUGUUUUGUUUGUGUAAAUUAUGAGUUUUUCUUCUGUGAGACGUCUCCUUCGCAGAAUUAACGCCUACUCCAUGAGCUAUUUAUUUGUUUUUGGAUGUUUUGAUUCUUGCUCGAGCUGGAUGAUGAAAAAUUACUCUUACCACCCAGUUCCAUUAAUUUCAAAACCCCUUCCCGAACCAAAUAUGAAUCUUUCGAUUCAUUUGGCUCCCGCGCUCAAUUACUUAUGAAAAAUUUUCGAUAUCAUUUUU